GCUGGCCGCUAUACGACUAACGUUUUAUCCGAAGUCGUUGUGUCGCUUGUACAGUGAUUUAAGAAUGUGGAACUGUCGGUUGUGCAACGUUCCAGUGGCACGCGCUUGUCACUUUUGAGACUGGACGAUGAAGGAUCGGGUUAGGCCUCGCGUGAGACGUGCGCCGAAAAAAGACGUCAUUUGUCGUUAUUUUUGACGUUCCAAUGCUUGAGGUCGCAGAGAAGUGCUCCACAGUUUGGCGUCGUUUUCGCGGGGUUUGAAGCAGCGUCGUACGAAGUGCGUCUUGCCGACUCGUAAAAAAACAGCUCGCGUUAGAAGGCACAGUCGGAAACGUUUCGCUACCGACCAAGCAACAGUUUACCAUGUUCUCCUACGUGCAGCGUCGCCUGCGUAUCGGACGGCCGUGGUACAGCCGAGCGAAUCAGCGUGAUGACGCCGAGCAGACGAGAGGUCUCGGGGGCGAGUGCCUGAGGCUUUCCGUGACGACGCCGGCGCAGAUCGUCCGCGCUCGAGACGGUGCGUCCGACGAAGAUAGCGAAACCGUUCAUCGUAGAUUGUCAUCGUCCGGCAGUGAGACGCCGUCAAACGUCAUGGCGGGAAAACGUGGCGACCACCUGACGGCUACCAAGCGCGUUCUCUGGUUCCUGCGCUGCUACUGGCGGCGAAUCCUGGCACUCCUGGCGCCCGUGCUUCUCUCGCCUCUGCUCAUACUGCACGAUUCGAAGGAGACGAGAUGUGCCUACGUCAUCCUUCUCAUGGCCGUAUACUGGAUGUUCGAAGUGGUGCACCUCUCCGUGACGUCACUGCUGCCCGUCUGCCUGUUUCCUUUGUUCGGCGUCCUCGACACCGCAAGCGCAACCGCACCAUACAUGAAGGAUGCCAUCAUGAUGUACCUGGCUGGCAUGAUCAUUGCAGCUGCUGUUGAGAACUGCAACCUUCAUUACAGGAUUGCUCUCCGCAUUCUUCUGAUCAUCGGCACCAAAACUCUAUGGCUUCUGCUGGGUUUCAUGCUGACCGCCAUGUUCCUGUCUAUGUGGCUGAGCAACAUGGCGACCACACUCAUGGUUCUACCUAUCGUCGAUGCUGUCGUCGACGAAAUCUGCAAGAAAAGCUCUGAAGAGAGUCUCAGGAACGGGUCUCCAGCAAGUGGCUACACCAAUGAAGCUUUCCCAGCAAACAGCACUGAUGUGAACAUCGAAAGCUUUGAGCUCGAAACCAAAGAAGAUGCUAAAAGAGUGUCUUGCUACGAACGGUACCGGAACGCCAUGCUGCUGGGCAUCGCUUACGCUUCCAACAUCGGUGGCACGGGCUCGGUCAUCGGCACGGCUCCCAACCUGGUGCUCAUGGGGCUCGUCGAGGAGUUGUACCCGAACUCUGGUUCCUUGAGCUUCGCUACGUGGAUGAUAUACAACGUGCCCACCAUGAUUGUGUGCGUGGUCUUUGCUUGGUUCUACCUGUACUUCCAGCUAGUACCCAAAAGGAUACGUGGUAAUCACCUGAACCCAGAGUCGGUUCGAACGGCAAUCAAAAAGCGCUACAGUGAGCUCGGGUCAUUAUCGUUUCACGAAGGCGCCGUGCUGUUCAUAUUCAUCGUCAUAGUGCUGCUGUGGUUCUUCCGAGACCCGUACGUCGUCACCGGAUGGUCCUCUUUCUUCGCACUUGGCAAGAAAAUCAAAGACGCCACUCCUGCCAUGCUCCUGGUGAGCCUGCUUUUCCUGAUUCCGGCGAAACCGGUGGCGGAACCCCAGGGACCGGCUCUGCUCGAGUGGAAUGCCGUGCAGCACAAGAUCCCCUGGGGCGUGCUCCUGCUCAUGGGGGGCAGCUUCUCCAUGGCAGAGGCGUCGUCGAAAUCCGGCCUCUCGAAGAUGUUGGGCCAGUACCUGACCAGGCUAGACGUGCUCAGCCCGGUGGUGUUGGUGGCGGUUCUCUGCAUUUUCACCACUGCAGUCACCGAGAUCGCGAGCAACACGGCGACGGCCAGCGUCCUCCUGCCCAUCACUAGUUACCUCGCCCAGGCCUUGAGGAUCCAUCCGUUCUUACUCAUGAUUCCUGUCACCGUAUCGGCAUCGUUCGCCUUCAUGUUGCCCGUGGCCACGCCCCCAAACGCCAUGGUUUACGAGCAUGGAAACAUGAAACUCAAGGACAUGAUGAAAGCGGGAAUCGUGAUGAACAUAGCCUGCAUAAUCAUCGAGAUGAUUGCCAUCAACACUCUGGGCCACUGGACGUUCGGUCUUUCCAGCUUCCCAGAUUGGGCCGAGCCGCGAAAUUACACGAUCUUGACAAGUUCUCUCAAUGCCACCGUGUGACCGACUUCGUCCUAGCAGCACUGCGAGGAAGAUCAUUCCAAGUACCUAAAUGGAGAAAGUUACGCUGUGUUCAAAUAGUGUAACGCUCCACUGUCUUUGACAUUCCCAUAUCGGCUCAGAAGAUUUCUGAGGACGUUUGGGGCCGAGACUGCAUGGUUACCAGAAAGCAGACGCUUAUCACGUUGCGUCAAAGAUAUUGCUUCUUUUAUAUUCCCGAAAAAACGGGUCAUUUCACAAUUCUGACAACUGUGAUGGCAAAAGUUUCACUCCUUUUUCGCACGUAAAUCAUCAUGUUCCGGCAAGGAUGCCAAAGACUUUUACGCUAUAAUUUUAAAACAUCCCAAUUCUGAAACCAUGCCAUGCCAUGUGAAUUGCGAGACAAGCCCUUUUAGACAAUACACCUAAAUAAACAAGCAUAAAUUUCCCCAC